AUGUCUGAACGCCCUGAGAACAUCGGUAUCAAGGCCAUUGAGCUUUACUUCCCCAGCCAGUACAAGAUCGACCCCAAGGAUAUUGGUCGUCUCGAAGUCGGUACCGAGACCAUCCUUGACAAGUCCAAGUCGGUCAAGUCUGUCUUGAUGCAGCUUUUCAAAGAGUCGGGCAACACCAAUGUUGAGGGUGUCGACACUGUCAACGCUUGCUACGGUGGUACCAACGCACUUUUCAACGCCAUCAACUGGGUCGAAUCCUCUGCAUGGGACGGUCGUCUCGCCAUUGUUGUCGCUGGUGACAUUGCCCUUUACAAGAAGGGUGCCGCCAGACCCACCGGUGGUGCUGGAUGCGUUGCCAUGCUGCCCGGCCACAGAGGCAGCUACAUCACUCACGCAUACGACUUCUACAAGCCCGACCUGACCAGCGAGUACCCCAUCGUUGACGGUCAAUUCUCCAUCAAGUGCUACACCCAGGCCGUCGACGCCUGCUACGAGGCAUACAACACCCGUGAGGCCCAGCUCAAAUCCAAGGCCAACGGUGCUGCCAAUGGCAAUGGUGCUCACGCCGAGCCCGAGACUCCUCUCGACCGCUUCGACCACAUGUGCUUCCACGCCCCUACCUGCAAGCUGGUUUCCAAGUCUUACGCUCGUAUGCUCUACAACGACUACAAGCAGAACCCCGAGAACCCUGUCUUCGCCGAGGUUCCCGCCGAGAUCAAGGACAUGGACCUCGAGAAGUCGUACAGCGACAAGACCGUCGAGAAGACCUUCAUGACCCUCUCUAAGAAGCGUUUCGCCGCUCGCGUGCAGCCUUCGAUCCAGGUCCCCACCAUGUGUGGUAACAUGUACUGCGGUUCCGUCUACGGUUCGCUCUGUGCUCUUCUAUCCAACGUUUCGUCGCAAGACCUCCAGGGCAAGCGUGUUGGUAUCUUCUCAUACGGCUCAGGCCUCGCCUCGUCCUUCUUCUCAUUCAGAGUCAAGGGCAGCACCGAGGAGAUGCACAAGCAGAUCGACCUCCAGAACAGACUCGAUUCGCGCAGAGUGGUUGCCCCCGAGGUGUACGACGAGAUGUGCAACCUCCGUGAGCGUGCACACUUGAAGAAGGACUACUCGCCUGCUGGCAACCCCGAGACUCUCUUCCCUGGCACCUACUACCUGACCAAGGUCGAUGACCUCUUCAGAAGAGAGUAUGCCAUCAAGCAGUAA